CACAGCAGAACACACCCGAAAGAGAGGAAAAGGCGAAAGAAUACGGAAUCGGGUUUUGUCCACUUCAUCUUCGUCUCCAGUUUGCUGCCAUCAUUGUACUGCUCUCCCUCACUUGUAAGAGCAGCAUCCCACCCAAAAGCUCCUAUAUUUACAACAGGUUACCAUGGCAACCCUAAGAAAUCUGAAAAUCAAGACUGGUACUUGCAAACGCAUCGUUAAGGAGCUUCAUUCAUAUGAGAAAGAGGUUGAGAGAGAAGCUGCAAAAACAGCAGACAUGAAAGAGAAAGGAGCUGAUCCUUAUGACCUGAAGCAACAGGAAAAUGUGCUGGCUGAAUCUAGGAUGAUGAUUCCCGAUUGCCGGAAACGCUUGGAGGCCUCAUUAGCUGACCUGAAAGGAAUUUUGGCUGAAGUAGAAGAAGAGUUGAACCAGAAGGAAGGUCCUGAAAUUGAAGAAGCUCGAACCAUUAUUGGAGAAGUUGAUACACUGUUUCAGACAACAGAAGCCUAAUGUGAUGGUUGUUGUAACAUUGCUAACAUCGCGUGGUUUUGGUUCUCCAUCGUCUUUUGUUCUGUUUCGUACGAUGGUUUUCUAUGGAUCCUUAUUCUCUUGCAUGUAUUGAUAUUUUCCGUUCCCUCGACAAUCUUUGAAUUUCAGUUUGUUUGCAACUAUGCUAUUGAAUGAAGAAACGAAAGAUUUGAUACUA